CGGGCAUCAAUCAGCGCACGAGGGGCAUGAAGUAGUCAGUGAUCUUCUUCUGACAUGGCGGGCAGAGGCCUCUCUUCUGAAUGGCAACGCGACACUCGAAGCCAAGAUGAGGCAGCUCCACCCACUCAAAGCUACGCACACGCAGCAAGUCCAUGAACUCCACCCACUCAGCUUCGCCUCCCUCCGCUGUCUCGGCGUCAGUCGGAAACACAUGGUGUGGGCAAGAUUGCAUCUACCACAGGGGAACUCCCAAGACUAUCUGGCUAAGAUUUGGCAGCCAAGCCACUGCCUGCCCAAUGGAGAGCACUGCACACUCGACGGAAAAGUCGUUGGUGUGGUCCGCCGUCACGGUGGCGGUGAUGCGCGUAAUGGGAUCAUCGACCGACCCCUCUCUCUCUUCCCCCUCCCUGCAAAUGGUGAGUGUGGUGAGCGGAAGCUCCUCGCUAUCCAGCCGAUCCAAGCUAACAUGAAUCGACGGCCCCUUCCCUCGAUUACCCCUCAGGAAUGCAGGACAGAAACCGUCCUCAUGUGUGUCAACGUAGUAAGUGAUGGUCUGCAGCUGUGUGAGCUGCCCCAUGGCCGCAUGCACCACUGUCUCGCCCAGCUCCUCUCCCUCAGAAAGAUCGAGUGUGGUCACAGAAGGAAACAGCCGACCCAUGCAAUCCAAAAGCAUGUCUGGCACAGGCAGCAGCUCGUCUGAUCCCUCGGUAAGCUUAGUGGCACGAGGGAAGCUCAGACGGGCGACAAGCGAGUAGAAGCCCACCGAACACACCUGAUGGUCACGAAGGCCACUCGGGAAUGAGACCUCCGUGGCGUAAGACGCGACGAGUAUCGCGGUGGUCGCACACUCAUCGACGUGGCCACGCUCGUCGAUGAUGCGCCACAGCAGCGCAAACGGGAAGGUGAAGUCGCUGCCAGAAUAGUCCUCGAUCGCACCGGGCGCCAGAAUCCGAGUGCGACUGUUGUGGAAACCCUGCAGAGAGCCACAUUGCGCCAAUUGAUGUGCGCGCCAGCCAUUGUGUGUGUGCGUGUGGAAGUGGACAUCUGACCUGGAAUUUGGCGUCGAAGCAUAGCUUUGGCCCCACAAUUGUGCCCCUCAGCUCGAGCAGCUGUGGUAGCGGCUCCACCUCCUCAUCCUCCCCCAGAUACAUGGGCAUUUCGACGCCUGUCAGGCGCUUCAAUGCCGGGUUCUCGCGAAGAGACUCGCGGAUGACAGCAUCCGCAGGGUCGGCAAACAGCCACAUGUGGCGGGGCAGGGGGCGCUCGAUCGUCACAGUGUGGAGGUCCGUAGAGUAUGCCACCCACGCGCCCAUUGGCGAGUCCCAGGAGGUGCUAUGCAGGAAGGCGAAGACGUACAGGUGGUGCCUCUGCCGGCCGUGAAAUACCUCCAGCGAUCUGUAAGCAAACACACAAUGGCACUCACUGGUGUGUUUCUGAGCACUUCCUCGCUCACCCAAGUCGCCAGUCUCGAUCGAAGGCCACCUCUCCCCACGCGCCGGUCACCUUCACUGUCCGCAGCUGCGGGAACAGCAUCCCGUCGUCGGAGGAAGGGGAGCGCAGAUCCACCUCGCACGAGUCCAGUGUCUCGCCCACCAGCUCCUCCAGAGUGUCCCUCGUCCCCUCCACCAGCUGUACCAGCCUCACGGUCAGCGGGCAGCGCAU